GGAUAAGAAAAUAAAUCUUUUAGCAACUGCAAAUAUUUUACAAAAUCCAACAUUGUUUUGCUUUUUCAGGUGGCUAAAAUUGAUCAUAAUAAUAAGUUAUAACCAAAUUAAAAAAUCUAAAAAAGAAAAAGAAAAGGGAAAACCCUGACCAUUAUGAAAGCAGAGAGCAGUGAUUUGUUGGAGUAACUGCGAAUUUAUGUCUGCCUCUGUCUCCUCUGCAAACUAUUUCUCCCUCUCCCUUUCUUAACAUAGAUUCACCUCCUUUCUUCUGACUGGUUUUGUCCACAACUCCCUUGCCCCUUCUCCUCAUUCUUCCUCUAUUUACUUUUGUUCUUUGCUUUCUGUUUUCGGGUUAUCUUAUUGAAUUCUUCCUCUCUUUGCUUUCUUCUAUGUAAUCCUUAGAGUUUAGGUUCUUUGUGUAUUCUUGAAGAAUUUCUUUCUUAACUCAACUUUUCUCGUCUGUCUCCUGUAAUACGUGUUCAGUUCUUCUUUGUAACAAUAGCCUUUAGUUUCAUAUCAUUGCAGUUGCUCUAAGAGGAAACAGAGCAAGCUUGCCGAAGUCAAUUACCAAUACAAGAAACAGGAUAAGAAAACUCAGGUGCUCUGUUCUCUGUCUCUGUUCCCGCUUUAGGAUAUGGAGAAAAAGGGGGACACAAGCUCUCCAGUUGGGGUUCUUGAAGACUAUUUUAGAAGUGAAGAAUCAGAAAGCUCUUCUUCAAAAGAGCCCACAUCAGACUUCGACUCACAAAAAAGUUCAAAACCCGUUUCUCGUUGGCGUGGAUUUUUCCAAUUGCUAAAAAGUAGAACAAAGAAACCUUUAGCCACAUUGCAUCCUCUUAGUGUACUAAAACUUUCAUUGAGAAGGAGCUCCAGUAUGAGAGAAAUGGUACCAAAUCUUUUUGCAGAUUCUGAUUCUUACAAUUUGAAUUGCCCAAGAAUGAGCUUUACUCUCUCUGAACUCCAAGCUGCAACCAAUGAUUUUAGCCAAGAAAAUUUGAUUGGAAAAGGUGGUUAUGCUGAAGUUUACAAAGGGUGCUUAAAAAAUGGGAAAUUAGUAGCUAUUAAGCGGCUAAUAAGAGGAACAGCUGAUGAGAUUGUAGGUGACUUCCUAUCUGAGAUGGGGAUUAUGGCUCAUGUAAACCAUCCGAACACAGCUAGGUUAAUCGGGUAUGGAAUUGAAGGAGGAAUGCACCUUGUGCUUGAGUUGUCUCCACAUGGGAGCUUAGCUUCUGUGCUUUCUGGUUCCAAAGAGACAUUGAAAUGGGAUAUCAGGUAUAAGAUUGCAGUAGGAACAGCUGAAGGUAUACGAUAUCUUCAUGAGGAUUGCCAGAGAAGAAUAAUACAUAGAGAUAUCAAGGCUGCUAAUAUUUUGCUUACCGAAGAUUUUGAGCCUCAGAUAUGUGAUUUUGGGCUUGCAAAAUGGCUACCACAGCAGUGGACUCACCACGUUGUAUCUAAAUUCGAGGGUACAUUUGGCUAUCUUGCUCCAGAGUACUUAAUGCAUGGUAUAGUAGAUGAAAAAACAGAUGUUUUUGCCUUUGGCGUACUGCUGUUGGAAUUAGUCACUGGACGACGAGCACUUGAUUACUCGCAGCAAAGUCUCGUCCUGUGGGCAAAGCCUUUGCUCAAGAAGAAUGAGAUCAGAGAGCUGGUUGAUCCUGCUCUUGGCAAUGACUAUAAUGCGAGACAAAUGAAUCUCAUACUCUUGGCUGCUUCUUUAUGCAUACAACAGUCUUCCUUAAGGAGGCCUAAAAUAACUCAGGUUGUGCAGAUUCUGAAUGAUAAUCUUAACAGCUUGAGAAGUAUGAAGAAAUCACGCGUGGCAUUCUUUCGAAAAGCUUUCCGCGAGGAGCUCUUCAGAGAAGAGGAGUACAAAUCCCCCGAGAAUGAGAUGAACUCAGUUGGUCUAAAAGGUUGAUUUGGAAGUUUAAGUGCAGUGGUCUUAUUUUAACAAUGAACCCUUGAAGUAUUAGUGGGUACUAAAUGCAUGCUGUGUAGCAAAACCCCAAACGUGAGAUGUGCCUAACAAAAGAUUAUAAGAGGAGGAUGUAGAGCGAAAUGAAGACGGAACGUCAAUAAUUUUUCAACCUUUUUGUACAUAAAAGAAAGAAUACAGAAAAGAUGGAAGGGGACGAAAGAAAGAAGAGAUUGAGAAUCUUGGAGUUAUAUUUUCAGACUUGUGUACGGUACAGUACAGCAUGGAAUCCUGCCUGUUAGACUUUAUUGUCAGCUUAUGACAUUAUCCUAAAGAAUGCCAAGGAAAACAAUACGAGAAAGUAGAAAAGCAAAGAAAGGUAGUUUCGCUUUAGAUUCGAUUGCAUGCUUGUGCUCCUUUUUAAGAGACAGCAACUUGGUAGAACAAUGUGAUUGUGAAGGUUUCUGCACGUUGUGGAAACUCUUUUUCAAGAUCUGCCAUGGGCUGAGCCUGUCCCUUCGUUUGCUAUGGAUGCUUAAUAAUAUGAUAUAACCUUGUCGCCAGGAAAGUAGCAAGACUUGCAGAAGGAUAAGUUAUUUGGGCCGAGCGUGUGGUCCGGAUUGAUCAUUUGCCGUGGAGAUGCGUUCUUUGAACUCUUCAUUGGCAACUGAAGGAGAAGAUAGCUAAACAAUGAUGGACUUGCAAAGCCAUCUGAUAUCUUUUGAUAUUGUAAAUUCUUAUUAUAUCUAAAAAAAUCAGAUUUUGAAUGGAAUCAUUAGUAAAAAUAAUCAAA